AUACGGUACCGUAUCUCUAGCCACGGCGCAAAAUUUUUAUCAUUUUUGCACCCGUGUGUUCCCGAGUGGUCCCGUGUGUUCCGUGUGGUAUUUAGUAGGACACGAUCUUGUAUUUUUCAUUGGAGACAAGGACUAUGGAAAAACCUCAAAUAAUUGUACAUUUGCAAAAAUCUUUGAAUUAUACUUUAUUUGAUACAAAAUGGAUCCCUCGCAGUGCUAAAUUGGUUGUUCUAGGCAACCACCCACGCGGCACCGGAGCGCUACAGGUUUACGAACUGACACACGGCCAAGUUACCCUUCAACAAAACAUUGAGAAAGAUGUGCCGUUCAGGUGUGGGACAUUUGGAGCCAGUAGUUUGAGUCAACGAGAAUUAGCAACUGGAGAUUUUAAGGGCAACCUUGGGAUAUGGAAUUUAGAAAACACAAAGGAUCCAGUCUUUUCGACAAAUGCACAUGAAGAAAUUAUUAACUGUAUUGAUGGAGUUGGUGGACUUGGAAUUGGGGAAGGGGCACCAGAAAUUGUCACAGGAAGUAGAGAUGGGCUUGUGAAAGUGUGGGAUCCAAGACAGAAAGAUAAGCCAGUUGCAUGUAUGGAGCCUGCUGAUGCAGAAAAUAGAAGGGAUUGUUGGACUGUUGCCUUUGGCCAUGCCCACAACCAGUCGGACCGAUGUGUUGCAGCUGGUUACGAUAAUGGUGACAUUAAGAUGUUCGAUUUACGUGCAAUGAACCUGCGAUGGGAAACCAAUGUUAGGAAUGGAGUAUGCUGUUUAGAAUUUGACCGAAAGGACAUUAACAUGAAUAAGCUUGUUGCUACUACAUUAGAAUCUAAAUUUCAUGUCUGGGACGUGCGGACACAGCAUCCAAGUAAAGGAUUUGCACACCUUGCAGAAGAGGCUCAUAAAUCUACCAUUUGGGUGGUGCGACAUCUGCCACAGAACAGGGACAUCUUCAUGACCUCAGGUGGUUCUGGAUCAUUUUAUUUAUGGAAAUAUGAGUACCCAAGUAACAGAGUUACAAAGGAUAGCAACGAUGUUCAUAUGGGCGUAAUUGGCAGAGUGGACUUAAAGCAAAAUGUGACUGUGUCUUCUCAGCCAAUCUCAAGUUUUGAUUGGAGUCCAGAUAAAGAGGGCCUAGCAGUUUGUACUUCAUUUGAUCAGACACUUCGUGUUUUAAUAGUUACAAAACUCAAUCAAAUAUAAACUUUACUUCCUUUCCGAUCUGUAUCAAUGAGACGUCGAAUGUACUUUCUUUGUAAAUAUGUCUUUCUUAGAUGUCCAUGAAUGCAUUCUCACCGUUUUGGGUAGUGCUUUUACAACCAAAAAUUUUCUGCACCUUGUGCCAUGUAAUUGGUGUGCAUGGCAACAAAAUUAUUUUGUCACCUUUUGUCCAAAAUUUAUAUGAAUGUUUCUUAGAUCAGGCACAAAAACGAAAAUUUUUCUCAAAUGGACAUUCCCUUGGCUUUUAUUAGGUAAAUUACUUCACUCUAUACAAUACAUUUUGAGUAAGGACAGGUAAUGUAUAGAUAGAGCUUGCAUUUUGUAGAUUAGGUUUGUCUACUGGUUGUAAAUGACCUCGAUUGUAAAUUUGAAAGAAACAUGUUUCACAACUAUUUGGAAUAUGUUGGUAGAUUUUUAUUUCUGAAAUUGAUCAUUAUGUUGCGAACAGUUACAUUAUUUAGUCUCAACACAAUAACAAUAAUUUUCAACAUACUGUACAUACAUUAAUAUUCCCAUGUGGGCGAUCUGUAUAUGCCUAAUACUAAUGCCAUAAGUUUCACUAAUAAAUACUUGUGUGCACACCAUAUCCCACUAAAAUUUAGUUUAUUCAAUGUUUAACGAGGCCCCAACAUUUUUUCAGGACGUACCCAUUCAUCAAACUCAGACUCUGAUACGAUAUCUAAUUUCAGAGCUGCUUGUUUUAGUGUACUGCCCUCUUUGUGCGCUAACUUGGCUAUUUGUCCUGCUUUGUCGUAACCAAUGUGUUUGUUUAACGCUGUGACCAGCAUUAAUGAUUCACUGAGAUAUUUAUUAAUUUGAGGCCGAUUGGCUUGAAUACCUUUGAUGCAAUUUUUAUCAAAAGAAAUGCAGGAAUCCCCAAGGAGACGGAUUGACUGCAGGACAUUGGCCACAAUCAUUGGUUUGAAAACGUUCAAUUCGAAAUGCCCGUUACUAGCUCCUAUGGAGACAGCAGUUUGGUUGCCCAUUACUUGUGCUGCUACCAUAGUGAUCGCUUCACAUUGUGUGGGGUUUACUUUUCCUGUAACAAGAAUAAAAUGAAAAAGUUAGUCUGAUACACUAUAGAACAAUUUUUUUUUUUUUAUUCAGGGAUAAACAUAUAAAAAACAAUUACAAAACGGCAGCCGAAGCUGAAAUGGUGUGCAUCACAAAACCUAUUCACAAAAAAUUAAAUACAAAGCAUUACAAAAAAGGUCAAAUAUCAAAUACUGUAUCAUCAAUUAUAAAAAAUACAAAAGAAGGUCACUUUAUUAUCAUUAAAUUUUAGUUACUAAAGUUUAAAUUAUAUUUAUACAAUAUAAAGUAAAUGACAGCAGCACUUUUGAGACUAACAAUAUUUAUAUAGAAUUUAUUCUCAAGCUUUCAUCCACACAGUGGACUUCAUCAGGUGACGGGUAUCUCAAAGGUACAGAAAAGUGGUCUUUAAUUCUUAAAAUAUUUAUACCUCUUCCUCAACCAUGGUAGGUUUAAACCAAAUAAAAAAUCCUGGAUCUGCCCCUGCACAAUGUUUUACUUACUCUUCGUGCAUAUGUUAAUUUGUUUUUAUAUAAAAAUCAGUAAUGCACAUUAAAUCAUACGAUUCAUAAAUACUACCUAGACCCUUUUCUGGAUUUGGAUUAAUUUUUUUCCUUGCAGAAACUCAUUUUAGGCAACAAUCGCGUACAUACAAAUAAAAACUAUUGAUGAAAAGGAUAAAUAUAUAUACAAUGGGUAAUUGUUAUUUGUUAAAAAGUUCUUUAUACUAUUCUUUAAUUAUUGAAAUGAAACUUUUAAAUACUAAUUCCUUACAUAUGAAGAUCCCCAAGCCUAUAUCAUAUCAUAUCAUAUCAUUUAUUUCGCCUCAGUUAAAAUUACAAAAAUUACAAAAACAAAGGUAAAUCAAUGAGGCAGGAUUGCCUAAAUGUUAUAAAUAAAAUAACAGUCGAGAGACUCUCCACAAAGAAAUACCAUACACAAAGAUGUAACAUGAAAGUUAAAAUUUAAAAAUCAGUAUAAAAAGUUACAUUGCAUUAUAAAAAUUUAAAUAUAUAAAAAUUCCAAUCCUUUAAGUAUUUUUAAAACAGUAAAAUUGAGAUAAAAAAUUGGUAAAAAUUGCAUUUUAUUUUAUUUAAAACAUUAGGCUAGGUCAGUAAGGUAUUUUUUUUAAGUUGUAUUUAAAAAUAUUAUAAUUAGUUAAUAAUAAUUGAUCACCGAGAUCCACAGGCAGGCCUCUGAAAAGUCUGACAAACGAAUUAAAAACAGAAUGAUGAAAGCUGUCAGUCCGAGCGAUGAAAUUAUUACGUAACUUAAGAUGGUCAGCGUGUCUGGAAUUUACAGAAAUAUAUUUAAAAACAUCCAAAUCAUACAUGUUAUAUAAACAUUUGGCUACAAAAUUAAUACAAAAAUAGUCAAUACGAUUACUAAUGGAAAUGAGAUUAAGACGCUUUAAACGUUCAGAGUACGGGAUACUGCCUGUGGAUCUCGGAAAGCAAAUACGCGUAACUCGUCUUUGAACGGACUCAAGAGUGGCAAUAUCUUUUUUAUAGAAUGGAAUCCAGGCAGGAAUAUCGUAAUCUAUAAAAGGCCUAACUACAGUACAUUAUGGCAUACAGCAUACAUAUGCUGUACAUACAUACAGCAUAUAUAUCACUUUAUUUCAAAAUUUCACAUAAAAUUAAUAACAUGGUGGCCAAAGGCCAAAUUGCAAGAUAAUUACAAUAAUUAUUAUAAUUUUUAAAUAUUUAAAAUUCAAAGUGAUAAUACAAAAAUACAAUAAUUUAACAAAAAUUUGACAAUUUGCGCAACUGAAUAAUAAAAACAUAUAAUGGGCAUCUUACCGGUAUAAGUUUGAUAAACAGGGAAUUGGGCUAUUUGAGAAACGUUUCGUUUUAGAAUUAAGUUGGGUAAUAUUAUCCUUAUUACGUAGGUUCCUACCGUGAUUUUCGAAACAGGCAGGGGGAUGAGAUCACAGGAAUGAUUCGUGUUAGGAAGACUUUUUGCAAAAUUGGGACAGUGGGAUGUUCGCCUUGAGUAAAUCAAGGUUAAGAAUAGUGAGAGCACAUUAAACAUUAAAUCCAAUGUUUUUUGAACAUCUAAGGUAAUACAAUUUUUGAUUUGCUUUAUUAGUAUUAAUAUAGUUAACAUGACUGUUAGAUGGUAAUUCCUAAGACCUUAGCUUCCUCAACAAAAUUUAAAAUACAAUCGCCAAGAAACAAGUUCAGAUUGGGAACUUUUUUACUAAAACAAAAUUGGAGUGCUUGACAUUAUUUUAGUAGGUUUAAGAUGAAGUGAAUUGUUUUUGCACCAUAUGUAAAACUGAUUAAGAUCAUCUUGGAGAAGACUAACCUGAUCAAUAUGCCUGUUCCCAUAUAUGGAGA